AUGGAGAACGAUCCUGGACGUGGGCGACUUCUUCAGGCAUUUCAGCGCUCGGGUUGUCCCAAGCACAAGAUAGCACUUACCAUAAGCGGGGGAAUCAAUAUCGUCGCCACAGAUAUUGAAGUCCUCCGGAAGACCUUCGGACUCGUCGAGUGGGACGGCCUGGAGAAAGGGGAUGAUUCGCAUGAAGAGCAUGACCAGUGGUACAUCCCAGAAGAAGAUGUGGACGAGAGGAGAAUAGCGGAGGCGGAAGAAAGGGAUUACGAGGCUGACGACGAAGAAGAUGAGCUAAGCGAAGACGAUGGAGAUGAGUGA